AUGGGGGAUCCCGAUUCCUUGGUCACGGGAUACCGCGCCGGUGGCCGGAGCUGGUGCUUACGGCGGGUUGGAAUGACUACCGAGUGGCUGCUGCUGGAGAAUGGGAGCGAGGUGACUAUAGGACGAGGAUUUGGUGUCACAUAUCAACUAGUAUCAAAAACCUGCCCUCUGAUGAUUUCCCGAAAUCACUGUGUUUUGAAGCAGAAUGCCGAAGGACAGUGGACAAUUUUGGACAACAAGAGUCUGAAUGGUGUUUGGCUGAACAGAGAACGUCUGGAACCUUUAAAGGUAUAUUCCAUCCAUGAGGGAGACCACAUCCAGCUUGGGGUGCCUCUGGAAAACAAGGAGAGUGCUGAGUAUGAAUAUGAAGUUACUGAAGAAGACUGGGAGAGGAUGUAUCCCUGUCUUGCCCCAAAGAGUGACCAGAUGAUGGAAAAAAAUAAGAGCUUAAGAACUAAAAGGAAAUUUAAUUUGGAUGAAUUGGAUGGUCCUGGAGCUGAAGGCCCUUCAAAUUCAAAAUCCAAAAUAACUAAAAUGUCUUGUGAGCCUGGUCAGCCAGAAAAGUUACAUGAGGAAGGAGAAGUGGACAGUCAGCCCUCUGAAUAUUUGGAUCCUAAAUUGACUUCUCUUGAGCCCAGUGAGAAGACCACAGGGGCUCAUAUUUACCCUGCCGCCCCAAAAGUUGUGGAGCUUCGUCAGAAGACGCAGAAAGCCCCAAACCCUUCUGCGUCUCAAAGCAGCUUAGAGCUAUUUAAGUUAACCAUGUCUAGGAUUUUGAAGCUGAAAACACAGAUGCAGGAAAAGCAGGUAGCUGUUCUGAAUGUGAAAAAGAAGAACCAAAAGGGAAACUCAAAAAAUAUUGUGAAAAUGGAGCAGGAACUACAGGAUUUACAGUCCCAGCUGUAUGCGGAACAGGCCCAGCAGCAAGCGAGAGUGGAGGAACUAGAGAAGACUUUCCAAGAAGAGAAGCAAUGUCUCCAGGGUUUGGAGAAAGAGCAAGGAGAAGAGGACCUGAAGCAACAGCUGGCCCAGGCUCUGCAGGAGCAUCGGGCUCUAAUGGAAGAGCUAAAUCGCAAUAAGAAGAACUUUGAAGCAAUCAUUCAAGCCAAGAACAAAGAACUGGAGCAGACCAAGGAAGAGAAGAAGAAGGUGCAAGCACAGAAAGAGGAAGUUCUUAACCACAUGAAUGAUGUGCUAGAAAAUGAGCUCCAGUGUAUUAUUUGCUCAGAAUACUUCAUUGAGGCUGUCACCUUGAACUGUGCCCACAGUUUCUGCUCCUACUGUAUAAGUGAGUGGAUGAAGCGGAAGAUCGAAUGUCCCAUUUGUCGGAAAAGUAUCACAUCCAAAACUCACUCCCUGGUCCUGGACAAUUGCAUUAGCAAGAUGGUAGAUAAUCUGAGCUCAGAAGUGAGAGAUCGACGAAAUGUCCUCAUUAAGGAACGAAAAGACCCGGCGGAGGAGAGGGAGCGGCUGCCCCGUGACGUCAUCAAGCGGCGCGGCCUGCAGGGCGGGACCAGAGUGCGACGGCGCGGCCGGCAGACCAGGGCUGGCUAG